AUGAACCUCACUGCAGCAAAUCACCGCAUACCUCUAAGUGAUGGGAACAGCAUUCCUAUCAUUGGGCUUGGUACCUACUCAGAACCUAAGUUGACCCCUAAGGGGAUGUGUCUGACAUCGGUGAAGAUAGCCAUCGAUGUGGGGUACCGGCACAUUGACGGGGCCUACAUCUACAAGAGCGAGCACGAAGUGGGGCAGGCCAUCAGAGAGAAGAUAGCGGAAGGAAAGGUGAAGAGAGAGGAUAUUUUCUACUGUGGAAAGCUAUGGGCUACAAAUCAUGAACCAGAGAGGGUCCGCCCAUGCCUGGAGAAGACACUUGAAGUCCUGCAGCUAGAUUACGUCGAUCUUUACAUCAUUGAAAUACCCAUGGCAUUUAAGCCUGGAGAUGAAUUCUAUCCUAGAGAUGAGAAUGGCAAAUGGUUAUAUCACAAGACAAAUCUGUGUGCCACUUGGGAGGCUUUGGAAGCUUGCAAAGAUGCUGGCUUGGUGAAAUCUCUUGGCGUCUCCAAUUUUAACCGCAGGCAGCUGGAGCUAAUACUGAACAAACCAGGACUCAAGUAUAAGCCAGUCAGCAACCAGGUGGAGUGCCAUCCAUAUUUCAUCCAGACAAAACUCCUGAAGUUUUGCCAAAAACACGACAUUGUCAUUGUGGCGUACAGCCCUUUGGGGACCUCUAGGAAUCCAGCCUGGGUGAAUGUAUCUCUCCCACCUUUGUUAAAGGAUGAGCUUCUAAACUCAUUGGGGAAAAAGUACAAGAAGACGGCAGCUCAAGUUGCUUUGCGUUUCAACAUCCAGCGCGGGUUGGUUGUCAUUCCUAAAAGCUUUAACCCUGAAAGGAUCAAAGAAAACUUUCAGAUCUUUGACUUUUCUCUCACUGAAGAAGAAAUGAAGAGCAUUGAAGCCUUAGAUAAAAAUGCCCGCCUCGUGGAGCUGCUCAUGUGGAGAGAUCACCCCGAGUACCCAUUCAAUGAGGAGUACUGA